AUUUUCAUAUUUAUUUAUAUUUCACUCAAUUAUGUAUAGGAAGGUAUCGAGGUAUUUAUUUCAUUGAUACAUAUUUGUCAUUUAAAAAAGGCAUAUUUACAAAGUAGAGUCAUUACAAAUUAUUUUCAUAACUUGUUUCUUAAAAUUAAAGUAGGAGGUAAACGAGUGGCUAAGGAUAGUUAUAGUUGAAUUGAUAGAUUAGACUCUUUUUAAUAAUGAAUGUUGAAGGAUUUUCCAGUCAAUCAUCAUUAACUGAGAAUGAGCGCCACUGUUCACCCACUCGAGAGAAUCGAUACGCAGAAUCCACGGUUUUUCGCCGGGUUAUCUACACGCAUUCGUGUACCUCCUGAUAAAAGUGUACACCAUAUUCAUGCUCGUCAGUGAUUUUUUCAAAAUCUUUUCAAAAUCUCGUCCAUGACCAAUUCAAGUUCGGAACUUCUCUGACGGUUUUUAAAUUUGUUAUUGUUUAUUGAAAGAGGAGAGAAAAAGCAAGAAUAAUGAUGGGAUUUUUAUUUCCCGCUCGUCAGGGGUAGUUUAACUGAAAUAGUGCCCCGAGACUUGAACCAGUUUUUAAGACCAUUUUCUAAUACAUUUUCUAAGAAAUUGUUCCAUUCGUGCAUUUUCUCACACAUUCAUUUUAUUCUGUUACCUUCAUUCACUUUUCUCGUAAUUACCAUUUUAUUUCAUUAUUUGUAUUCCUCUAACAAUCGGAACUAAUAAACUUUUAAUUCCCAUUAAUAUUAAAAAAUGAAAACUGUAACAUUUCUUGAUAUAAUUGACUUCCCGUUAAACAGUAGCGACCCUAUUUCGUAAACCACCCCUGUCAGCUGUUAUCGCGGUUAGUCGUUCAGAUCCUCGAAAAAUGACAAGGUCUGAACUCCAAUAUUUACCGGCAUAGUGAAAUUUCGAGAACAUUUGCUUUAAUAUCCGUUGAAACAGUUUUCACAUAAAAUGCAUUAGAGUGGAUUUCUCUUACCAGCAUAAGUGACGCACUGUAGUACUGGGAUAUACAUUUUAACAAAAAACUGCUCUAGGAGGGUUCUUCUACGUACUGCAGGAGAGACUCGGCGUAUUUGGAUUCGCUCAUCACGUGUAGAAAGGAUACGGCUUUUAGUACUCGUUCGUUUUUUACAAAUAUAGGAAAUUUUAAUAAUUAUACAAUUUGAGCUGUUUCUACUCGCACAAGUCGUAAAAUUGAAAGAUAGAAUGCUGCAUUCACCAGAAAAUCUUCACCUGAGUAUUUCGACAUCGUUCAGCACCAAAUGAAUGUCACUGGUGGAUUUGUCUCUUCCGGUCGGAUGUCCAACAUCUAUAACAGUUCGGUGGUCAGAUUCUACGACCAUGUCUUUACAGAUUUAUCUGAUCCUAGAACAAAUGAUUGGUUCCUGAUAAGCUCACCAGUGCCAGGAGCAAGUAUCCUUAUAGGAUAUUUGUAUUUCGUUCUAUCAUGGGGCCCAAAACACAUGGAACAUCGAAAACCCUAUCGAUUAAACAAUGUCCUAGUCGUUUACAACUUCAUUCAAGUUUUGCUAAGCAUUUGGUUGUUCUAUGAAGGCCUCGACGCAGCCUGGUUGAAAAAAUACAGUUGGAAAUGUGAACCUGUUGACUUCUCCAACUCUCCAGAUGCUCUAAGGAUUGCCCGAGGAGUAUACAUUUAUUUCUUAGCGAAAAUUUCAGAACUUUUGGACACUGUUUUCUUCGUAUUAAGGAAGAAAGAAAGCCAAAUCACUUUUUUGCACAUGUAUCAUCACACUGUUAUGCCGAUGAUAUCAUGGGGUGCUACUAAAUAUUAUCCUGGUGGUCAUGGAACUUUUAUUGGUGUUAUCAACAGCUUUGUUCACAUUAUUAUGUACACUUAUUACCUCCUCGCUGCACUUUUGCCACAGUAUCAGAAGUACCUAUGGUGGAAGAAGUACAUAACGACUCUUCAGAUGGGUCAAUUCUGUCUUGCAUUUUUGCACAGCUGCCAAUUGCUCUUCCAUGAUUGUGAUUAUCCGAAGUGGUCAUUGAUAUUUAUUCUUCCAAAUGCAUCCUUCUUCUAUUUCUUAUUCUCGGAUUUCUACAACAAGACCUACAUUCCACAGAAGCAACAAAAAUCGAUCGCCGUCGCUAAAGAAAAAUCCAGAAACACCGAAAAAGAACAAAAAUUAAGUAACGGUAUUAAGAAUGGCAAAGCGAAAGAGGCCUAAAUAUUUCAGUGUAAUUUCAAGAAGUAAUUUUUUUUUAACAUCAAUCUAUUAAGCUUAUUUUUAGUUAAAUUGAGAAAAACUUGCAGUUAUAGGUUAAAAAACUGAUACGAUUACUGUACAUAUAAGAAAAUACUUAUGUGCCACAUUAUGUGACAGAAUUGCGCGUUAACUUAGAUUUUUUAUUACAUAGUCAAAAUCAAUGAAAAGUAGUGUUUCAUGAAAUGUACAGAUUUUUUAUCAAAUAAAUUAUAAGUCUUGAAUCUAAA